GGGUCCGAAGCGUACGUCCCGCGCUUUAAAAAAAAAAAACGUCAUUCGCGAAGUUCUUUAUCCCUACCCUCGCGCGAACUUUGACCAGCCAGUCUCAAAUAACGCGCGCCCGGAGCGUACGUUCCCGCGUUAAAAAAAAAACUAAAACCUCAUCACGAGGUUCUUUAUAGUGGUACUUUCACUUGCGCUCCUGUUGACAAUUGCAUCACAGUACAGAUAAACAGCGACCAUGUGCCCAAUAUGGCCGCUGCACCUCAUCGUGCUGUACAUCCUGGCUAUGUGCCCGCUCUGGGUGCUCUGCCAGGCGGCACCGCAGCUCUCCGCCUAUUUCAUACCAGACCAGGUGUCUGUCCACAUGGAUGAUUACUUCAACGUCAAUGUUGCUAUCAACGGUACGGGAAUGCAAGCCAACGAUGAACUAAUACUAACAUCGAGCGACGAUAAGCUAGCUAUAGCCAGUUGGGACGGCAGAGACGGGCCUUCGUACGUACUCAGCGAGGAUCACGCCAGUACAGGGCAGUUCGAAGGGGUGAUGCGUGUCGACGGACUGUUUUUAGGAUUCAGCGAAAUAAAAGUGGCCACGAAACGCGGCACUGAAGAGUACCCCGUCGACAACUCGCUGUCGGUCACAGUACUGCGGCCAGAGCGAGUCAUAGACCGUAUAUUCGUCACCAGCGUGGCUCUGUUUGUGUCCCUGAUCUUCAUCAACUUCGGGUGCGCGAUGCACUGGCCCACGGUGAAGGAAGUCGUCAAAAGGCCUGUCGGGCCCGCCAUCGGAAUGUUGGGGCAGUUUCUCUUCAUGCCACUGAUGUCAUUCGGCCUCGGCUUCCUCGUAUUCCCCGGUUCCGACGACGUGUCGGCCGCCAUGCGACUCGGCAUGUUCUUUACGGGCGUAUCUCCCGGUGGAGGCGCUUCCAACAUCUGGACCUUCGUGCUGGGAGGGAACCUUAACCUGUCUCUGGCUAUGACUUCUAUAUCUACGCUGGCUUGCUUCGGAUUCAUGCCAGCCUGGCUCUUCUCACUCGGGCAGGUGGUCUUCCGCAACGCGAACAUCGUGGUCCCGUACGCGCGCAUCGCCUCUUUCGUCGUGGGCCUCAUAGUCCCCAUGGUCAUAGGCCUGGGCAUGCAGCGGUGGACCCCCAAACUGUCCGCUUUCAUGGUCCGGAUAUUGAAGCCGCUGUCGACUUCGCUGCUGCUCUUCAUUAUUAUAUUCGCUAUUGUGACUAAUCUAUAUAUUUUCGAGCUGUUUACUUAUCAGAUAAUCGUGGCGGGCAUCGGCCUCCCCUGGCUGGGCUACGGGUUCGGGUACGCCAUCGCGCGCCUCCUGCGCCAGGAGCACCCGGACGCGCUCGCCAUCUCCAUAGAGACGGGCGUGCAGAACACCGGCAUCGCUAUAUUCCUGCUGCGGUACGCUCUUCCGCAGCCUCAGGCUGAUCUCACCACAGUGGUCCCAGUAUCAGUGGCCAUUAUGACCCCAAUUCCUAUGACCUGUAUCUACAUCUACCAGAAGCUGAAGGCUUGCUAUGUCAACCGAAACCAACAUAAAAAAAUCGUUGAACACGACGCAACCCCCAGCAGUGAGACGCCUCAGCCAGUCAAUGGUAUCUCAACCAUUGAUGUCGAAAAAUAAGGACGCGCCGGUCUAAAACCAGGUCUCGCACUUCACCACAUUUUGUAAAACAAUAAACUGAACGGCUGAUAUGAAGUUACAUACAAAAUACAUGGUAAAUAAGGCCUAGUUUCCCAUCUGAGUAAAAAUAAAAGAUGAUCAAGGCCUAAUGUUUUGAGACUGCUCCUUUAGAAUGAUACUGAAGAAUUAGCAAAUGAUGUCUGAAGUGUUUAUGCAUUUAAAGAUACACUGCCAAUAAGACAAGCGAUAUGUAAUUAUUAUUUCCUAAAUGAAUGGAUAUAGUUACAAAAUUUACAAAGAAGUAGUUAGCAAUCUGCAUUAGAAUAUUGCAGAUCUUAAGUUAAUAAACAUAUCAGAACAAUAUGACUAUUUUAAUAGAAAUUAAAUUGACCAAUCAAGUAAUGGGGUCAAUUCAUUCAUGCAAACUUCGCAUCAUUCGUUCAGUUUAUCGUUACGCUGGCAGAUCUCGGCGUGGUGAAGUGUUGCCAGUCAAAAUUCAAUGUUGCCAGCCUGAAAAAGUGACAAGUAUUUUUGAGAUCUGGUUUUGCAGUUUAAUAAUUAAAUGUAAACUAAUAUUUUUCGAGGAUUACAGUUUAAAUUUACGGCGCAUAUUUUGGUGCUUAAUUUUUUGUGAAAAAAUGUUUAGACUUUUGUAGCGUUUCUUAACGCCUUGAUAACUUUUUUAGCACAAGGCCUUCAUAUGUUUUGGCCGUGCUAGUUAUUUAUUUGAAUGACAUUCCUACUUGUCAUUAUUUUGGAUAAAAGUCACCUAUAAAAUUGUAUGUCACUUUAAUUAGUUUGAAGCACUAAUGAUCUGGGCGAGGUUUUAACACUUUAGUUAGACACUUUGUUUACAUUAUUUGUUUUGCUUGUUACCACGUUGUAUUUUUUGCUUCAAAUUGUCGAUAAUAUUCGAUUGCGAAAGUUUUGUAUUGUUGUGUUUAUGAUUUGAUUUUGAACUUUAUGUAUAGUGUAGAAAGUUGAGUUUCAUGGUCCAACUGGAUAAAUGUUCCCUAAUACUUGAGAUCCAAAGUGUGAUGUUACCCUAACAGCAAUAGUAGUUCAACGUGGUAUUUUUGCUUUUUUAACUUCUUUAGAAUGUCUUGUCAGUUAUGGUCGCCGGCACGAAUUAUGAGAGAACGAGAAACAGAUAUAAACGCAUUUUGGUAAACACAGAAACCUAGAAAACGACUGCUUAAUAAUUUUUUCAUGUAACUAACAAAAAUAGUUACAAGCAUGGAGUAAAAAACUACUGAUUUUGCAUGACCUAUGUUGACAACUAUGUUGACAACCUCCAUUAAAUUUGUCCCUUGCGCUUUAAACAUUGAAUUCUCACUCCUACACCUAUAAAGGUAUUUUGACAGCGGUAAUCAGACAGGAUGAUCAAAUCGACCGAUUUGAUCAGAAAUGAAAUUGGCGCCAACCAAUCUCCAAUUUAAUCAGUUCACCAAUUUUAGAAUUAUCGUGAUAUUAGAGGAUUAUAAAUUGAAAAAAUGCCCGAGAACGAAAAUACAGGCGUUACAAAUUAGGAUGCUUGCGUCCGCACUCUAUCGGUAAAAUCGACCGAUAUCGGCGAGCCAAAUUGGCGAUUGCGUCCGCACGGCCUGAUUUGAUCGGACAAUUUAAUCAGAUUAAUUGUCCUCGUCUGGAUACGCCUUGUGUCAUACGUGGUGUUGCCACAUUCACACCACUGUGGCCUCCCUUUUAUACUCGUACCUGAGGGCCUACCGCGAACCACGUUCGACGUGUUGCCUCCCUGUCACACUUACGUACGAAAUUACAAAUGCGACAGAGAGGCAACACGCCGAACGUGGUUCGCGGUAAGCCCUCUGCUCAUGUUUGGUGCCGGCGACGUAUGUCGGAUUUCACAUGACUCGUUUUAUAGGUGAAACAGAUGUGGAAGGCUGCUAGGAUGGCAUGAACAGUAUUUGUUAAGUUAUGAACAAUCUAAUUAUGUUAAGAAUGAAAUACAUUUUUUUU